CUGCCGUCCUCUUCGACGCAGGCAGUGGUCGGACGGAAGCGGUUUGAGGUGAAGAAGUGGUCGGCGGUGGCGCUGUGGGCCUGGGAUAUAGUUGUGGACAACUGUGCCAUUUGUCGCAACCAUAUCAUGGAUCUGUGCAUUGAAUGUCAGGCCAAUCAGGCGUCGGCCACGAGCGAGGAGUGCACAGUGGCCUGGGGGGUCUGCAACCACGCCUUCCACUUCCACUGCAUCUCCCGGUGGCUCAAGACUAGACAGGUCUGUCCCCUCGACAACAGGGAGUGGGAGUUCCAGAAGUACGGACAUUAA